AUGUUCGGUAUCAUUGCAGAUUUGUUAUCAUCGGUCAUCACGAUCCUCUUCCCUAUAUUUGCCUCGUAUAAAGCUCUGCGCUCUUCCGACCCCUCUCAACUGGCACCAUGGCUGAUGUACUGGGUGGUUUUGUCCGCUGUGCUGAUGGCUGAGUCCUGGACAGUGUUCAUCCUCGGAUGGGUGCCGUUUUACAGCUGGAUCCGCCUCUUUUUCUUCUCCUACCUUGUCCUCCCCCAGACCCAGGGCGCAAUUAUCCUGUACCAGGAACAUGUCGAUCCUUUCCUUGCCCACCAUGAGCGAGAGAUUGAGGAAUUUAUUGGGCGUAGCCACGAGCGCGCCAAGGCUCUGGGGCUGCAUUAUUUCUACCAGGCCGUGGAUUACGUCCGGGAGAACAUCCUCGGCUGGCCGGCUCAGCGUCCGGCGGCUCCUCCUCCCCCGCCCCCAACCGGUCCUGCUGCCUACGCGCAGUCGCUUCUCUCGCGAUUCAACAUCCCCAUCGCUCCUGCAUCUGGAGGGCCAGCGGCCCCUUCUGCCGUGGCAGCCGUGACCUCGGCCGGCAAGACCCCCGAAGCCCGUGGCGAGGAACUGUCUGCCAGCGGCAAUCUGCUGCCCCGUGAUAUCGCCUCCAUGUCCCGCGCCGACAAGGCGCAGUACAUUUCCCACCAACGCGACCUGCUGGAGGUGCUGCGCAGCGCCCUGGCGAAGGAGGAGCGUGAGCUGCACGGCAGCGAGACGGAUACGGACGACCUCGCGUACGGCGGUGCCCCGUUGCAUAAGAACCCGAGCGAGAACUCGUUCCACCACGUGGAGCACGAGGACCUCCACAGGAGCUCUCCGGAUCUGUCCGGCCGGACGGCCAGCGGUACCUGGUCUUCGGGGUGGUUCAACGGCGAAUCGACUGAUACGCGCAACCGCCAUCAUUAG